AAACGAAAAUCACUCAGAGAGCUGAGGCAUAUUUAGCAAAAGUACAGACUAUAUAAACAGCUAGCUAAGCAGUGAGCAAACGCCGGGGUCAGCGUGGAGUAAUUGAAAUGUCGGGAUCAAAGCCAAAAGCCAGGACCAAGUCCAAGUCAAAUUCGAAGCAGAGCUCGCCACGUUUGUACAAUCCAGCGGAUCUGGUGCAGCUAUUGAAGCCGCUAAAGCUGCCAUGGACUGGAAUAACCGAGCAACGGAAACACCGGCCCAAAUCGGAAAUCUUGUGGGAGCUGCAGCGCAUGCGCUCCAUGCCCGUGCGCGUCGAUGACGAUAUUGGUGAGGUGAACGUGGUCGUCGAUGUGAUGGGGGGGCCAAAGGCAACGAUGCCGGCUCGCACUCUCGUCCAGCUGGACGCGCUGCGUUUGACCCGGCACCGGCUCGAGCAGCUGUUGCGCUGCAACAAUUUCGAGGCGACGGUGCGUAACUGCUUUGUGCGACUGAAUGUGACUCCAAUGACUGUGCCGGCCGAAUAUCGCAUUGCCGAAAUCAUGGGCAUAUCAGAGCUGGCCGAGGGCUAUUAUGUGGGCAAAACCCCGACAAAUAUUGUACUCCAUUUGCGCUACGAGGAUCUGGUGGAGAAGCACGAGCUCAACGAUGUCUCCAACAUGGCGUUCACGACCGAGGAGUUUGAUUUCUGGCACGACAACUGCAUCUGCCAGGGCUACGAGUGGCCCACCCUCGAGCUGAUCUCGCUCAAAAAGAUCGAGAUCUACAACGCCCUGAACAGCGAGAGCAAGUUCAGCUCUAUGCUGAAGCAGAGCGGAUUGCUGCCGGUCCCAAUUCCGAUGCGUCCGGAGCCCAAGGGCGGGCUGCUGGAGCGCUCGGGCCGUGUCUAUCCAUGGAAAUUGCAGCGUCCGCCAUCGCCGCGCACUCUGCUGCCAUUACCGAUACCAGAGCUCCAGCUACAGAGCGCUGCGGUCAGCAAAGCGGUUGAAGCUGGCACCAAAAUGGAGCGCGAGCUGAGGGAGAUGAGCAAGGCGGAGGCGAAGGCGAAGGCGAAGCCGAAGGCACCGCCGACGGUGGACCCAAAGGCAGGGAUGAAACAGAGACUGGAACCGAAGUCGGAGCCGGGUAAAGGGAAGGAGCCGAAGCUGACGUCGAUUAGGAAGCCGGCUGUAUCCAGUGCGUAG